UCUUUGGUCAGUCUCGGUAUGUCAGAGGCUGGAGCUGACUGUGAGCGAUGAAAGGGCAGUAGUGAAAGGGUUGGGGGAGGCGGUGUCACUCUGUCCUCCGAACUGACCAAUAUGACCCCUCCUGGAGCCCCGUCUCUCUGUGGAUGUCACUUCUAAUAGGAAACCUCCGCUUGAUUUAAAUCCGGAUUGUGUCUGUGCGCUUGAAGAUGCUGCUACUGACUCCCUUUGCACUGUGGCCUUGUCUGCUUUCCCUGCUGAGGACGGUGUGCUGUAAUUACUCUGUAGACCUGUGCAGUUGGAAAGGAAGUGGCUUGUCCCAGGAGCCUGGGAGCGUGGAGCAGAUCUUCCUGCACUGUGCCGAGGGGGACGUGGAGUGGCUGUACCCGGUGGGAGCGCUGCACCUCAGCCUGUCUCCCCGGCUGCCUCCCUGGCCAGCUAGCCCGGCCACCCCGGGGAGCAGGGGGGCCCGUGUCACGGCCUGCAUCAAGCCAGCGGAGAGCUUCCGGGGGGCUCAGAUCUACCUGGAGCGGGACGGCGAGCUGCAGCUGCUGGUGCGGGACCAACAGGAGGAGGAGGAGGAGGAUGGGGCUAUCGAGCCCAAAGUCCAUUGUUUCAGCCGCUCGGCCGGUGAGAAGGUGGCGCUGUUCAUCCAGUCCACCCUGCACCGAGACAUCAGCCGCAGGAUUGCUGCCUUUAAGUAUGAACUCCGGGGAGACUGGGGCUCGGGAGUGCUGCUCCCUCAGCAGAUUGAAAGAGCAUGUAGACCAUGCAAUGACACAGAGGUCCUUAUGGCUGUGUGCACAAGUGAUUUUGUGGUGCGGGGUCACAUUCGAUCGGUAUUCCAUGAUGCAGAGCGACAGGAGUCUAUCGUUAGCGUGAGCACCACCAAAAUUUAUAGACAGAAGUAUACCCUCUUUCACCCGAUAGGAAAAUACGGAAAAUCGUUUGGAGAAGUCAGGACAUUUUUGAAGUGUGGGGUGAAGCAAGGAGUCGGGACCUUCAUUUUCACAGGUCAUGUCCACUUUGGGGAGGCAUGGCUUGGGUGUGCACCUCGCUACAAAGAUUUCAAGAGGAUCUCCGAAGUGGCCAAAGAAGCACACGAGAAUCAGUGUGAGAUUGAGUCAGACUGAUGCUGCUGAAGUAAUGAUGCCGAAUUUUAACCCGGCAGGAAAGGGGUGUAAAACAUAUGCCACCGUGGUCCAUUGAGAAUCGCACUGUGAAGAGAAUCCCUGAAGAGAAGGCUUUGGAGAUGGUUGCUUCAUUGUUCAGCGAGAGUGACUGUGACUGUGCUGGUAACCUCUCACUGUGCAAAGGACACUGUGUGGGGUUGAUUUAUUGCCCGAUGGGAACAAUUGUUAUUGCAAAGCCCAACCCCGUAUGUCCCUCAGAGGAUGGGAGAGAUGAUUCAUUUUCAACUGUUUGCCUUGGACAAUGUGCAAUCAGUCAGGCUUUGUGAGGGAGUCGAUUCUGGUCGAAGAUUAAAUUUGUAAAAUAGUUUCAUGUUCAAACACUUGUGGAACACUCCAUGGCUUGACAACAAACGGUUUUGCAUCCUGAUAGAACUUUCCAUGUAUAAAGUAUACAGGCUGCACGAUCCUGUAGUUGCAUAAUAAAGAUCCUUUAACCUAAACGACUUAGCCAGUAACACAGAAAAUGUUGACCUGUCAAUGACGGCAGUUUUUGCAUGUGGCCAGUGCAUUUCUAAUUGUGUGCCUGAAGGACAGCCUGAUCAAACCUUCCGUGAUUCAAGAAGAGAAUGUUUACUUUGUAUAUUUUUGUUAUAUUUAUAAUUUUUAUUUGGUGCAGAGUUAACAGGCGAGAACUGCAAUCGAUAAAAUUGGAAAUGCUAAGUCCGAUAUAACAGUUCAAAUACUGAACACAUCAGUAUUGGUAACAAGAAAUUGAGUUCUGCAAUAUCGAUAGUUUUUAUCUCUUCCAGUUAAUGUUCUUAUGGAUCCCUGGCAUCUAUUCACGCAUUCCCUUUGCACCACAUGAUCCUGCCUCUCAAACUAUACGAUCCCCAUUCAUCUCAUUCAAGGCAAUGGAGUUUAUUGCCUUUUUUUUUAUGAUCCCUAACAGAAAGCUGAGCUCUUGUCCUCACAUUCUCUUUUGUGAAUAAAGUAGUAAAUAUUGCACCAAACACUUACAACAUUGACAAAUUCAUGUUCUCAGUAAACCUGAAGAACUAGGAGUGUUUGGGAUUUGGGAAUUUGGAAUGGGGUGGGUGCAUGUCUUUAAGCAGGGAAAGGCUAAGGGCAGGACUUAUACAAUUAAUGGUAGGGCUCUGGAUAAUAUUGUAGAACGGAGAGACCUAGGGGUUCAAGUACAUAGUUCUUUGAUGUUUGCAUCACAUAUGGAUAUGGUGGUUGAGAAGGCUUUUAGCAGACCUUUGAGUACAGGAGUUGUGACAUGUUGAGGUUGCACAGGAUAUUGGUGAGGCCUCUUCUGGAAUACUGUGUAGAGUUCUGGUUGCCCAGUUAAAGAAAAGGAUACGAUUAAAUCGGAGAGGGUUCAGAAGACAUUUACCAGGGGUGAAGGGUUUGAGUUAUGAAUAGAAGCUGCAUAGGCUUGGAUUUCUUUCAUUGGUGCCAUUGGAGGUUGAAGGGUGACCUUAGAGAUUUAUACAAUCAUGAGAGGCCUAAAUAGGGUAAAUAGCAAGAGUCUUUUCCCUAGGGCGAGGGAGUUCAAAAUUGGGGGGGCAUGGUUUUAAGGUGAGAGGAGAAAGAUGUAAAAAGAACACGAGGGGCAAGAGUUUUAGUAGUGUUUCAUGUAUGGAAUGAACUGCAGGAAGUAGUGGAUGCAGAUAUAGUUGCAACAUUUAAAAAAACAUUUGGACAGGUACACGAAUAUGAAAGGUUUGGAGAG